AUGCCUGGUGAAAUUAUAAAUAUACAAUUAGGGCAAUGUGGUAAUCAAGUUGGAAUGGAAUUCUGGAAAACUCUUUGUGCAGAACAUGGGAUCUCACCGGAUGGAUCAUUCAAUCAUGAAGAACCUUCUAUGGAUAUAAAAGAUAUCUUUUUUUACCAGGCUGAUGACAGAAGAUAUGUUCCACGAGCGGUUUUAGUUGAUUUAGAACCACGCGUCAUUAAAGGUAUUUUGACUUCAGAAUAUAAAAGAUUUUUUAACCAUGAAAAUAUCUUUCAAUCAACUGAUGGUGGAGGUGCUGGUAACAAUUGGGCUCAUGGAUAUGUUCAAGGAAGAGAACAUUAUGAAACUGUUUUAGAUAUAUUAGACAGAGAAGCUGAAUUUUCUGAAAAUCUUGAUGGGUUUAUUCUAUGUCAUUCAAUUGCUGGAGGUACUGGUAGUGGUAUGGGAUCAUAUGUGUUAGAGAAAAUUAAAGAACAUUAUCCUAAGAAAGUUCUUAAAACGUAUUCUGUCUUUCCAAAUCAAACAGAAAUGAGUGAUGUCGUUGUUCAACCUUACAAUUCAAUUUUAACACUUGAAAGAUUAAUCGAACAUCCAGAUGCUGUAACUGUCCUUGAUAAUACACAGCUUGAUCGGUUAGCUGUUGAAAAAAUGCAUGUUGAUAAACCUACUUUUGCUCAAAUUAAUUCAAUGGUUAGUAGAAUUAUGUCAGCUGCCACUUCCACAAUGCGUUUUCCUACAAGUACUCAUACAAGAUUAUCUACAAUUAUAUCUCGUUUAGUUCCAUUUACUCCAAUGCAUUUUAUUCAGACUGGUUAUACUCCAUUAUGUUCUGAUCAAUUUGUUGUGAGAACUUCGGUGCAAGAUGUAAUGAGGCGUCUUGUUCAACCGGGUUCUAUGAUGGUUCAUACUAAAUUAGAUAAAGAAACUGUGCAUUGUAUGCUUGGUGGUUUAGUAAUUUUCCAAGGAGAGGCGGAUCCGAGGGAUGUUUCUGAUGCUUUUGAUAGAAUUCAACAAAAGGGUUCUAUACGUGCUCCCCCCUACAUGCCUAUUCCUCUUGAAGUUGCAAUUGCUGGAAGAUCCCAAUAUGUUACAACAUCUCAUAGAGUUUCAGGUCUUAUGAUGGCCAACAAUACUAAUAUUUGUCAAUUAUUUGAGAAUACUUUAAACCAAUUUGAUAAACUAAGGAAAAGAAAUGCUUUUGUAGAUAAGUUUAUAAGAGUUGACCCAUCAUUUGAGGGUCUUCAUCAAAUGGAUGAAGCAAGAGAAAAUGUUUAUGAUCUUUGUAAAAUGUAUCGAGACGCAACUAAAAGUAACUUUAUGGACUUAGGAAUCUCUUCGGUUGAAGGUAACUCAACUAUAGACAUUGUAUAA